CAGAUAACUAAAUAUGAUUUGUGCAAAAAAUGAAUAGAUAAAUUAAUUUGUGAAAUAUGAGACCAUCACAUUCCACAUGUUUGUACAGAGAUAAAAUGCUGCUUGUAGAUUCCAAUUAACAUUAAUAUAAAAAUGUAAUUUCAUUUUCUUUGUGGGGUUUCUUACCGUUACUUUUUAUUUGAAUGCCCUGGAAAUUUUUCUGAUUUGUUUUUAUCUUGAUGAUAUGUACGCCGGUUCUGUUUAUGCUGUCAGAAGAAUAACAGGACUAAGACACUUUUUAAAAGUCAGAACGCUGAGCAAUGCACCUUGUGUGCUCAUUUAUGUAGCACACAUAAUGUUCAAACUCAUAAACAAGAAAUUCCCGAGUGCAAGAAAAAAAUGGGUCACAAUAACACUGAUCCACGGACAUUCCAUUCUAGUUACAUGUCACAUUAACUGCAGGUGGGAAUGCAUCAUUCUGAGAUUCAAAAUCUUCCUCCAUAAACACUGUUUAAAAAUGACAACUCUUUACAUCCAUUUCAAGUUUCAAUUCACAUUUUGAUGAUGGCAUUUUAUCUCUGUUACUAAACGUGUGUAAAAAUGCAAUGUGUCCCACUCACGUCAGCAUCAGUGCUGCCCUCUCUGAGAUGCUUAGAGAUAACCCAGCAGGGAGGUAAUGAUUUUACCAAUAUGGCAGCGCUCAUGGAUUGCAAGAAUUAGUUAUUCUAAGUGGUAUAUCUUCUUACUGAGGAAAGCUCUGUUUAAACGGUUUUCAGAUAUCAUUAUACACAUCAAACAGACAAAUUUGAGCCCUUGAUAUUUUUUUCAUGUUCACUUCCUUUAACUUAAAUCUGUUAAGUUAAAGGCUAAUUCAUUAUUAAAGCUCUAUAAGCGGUAUUUUAAGAAAUAUAUUAAGAAAGAAACAGUUGUCUUAUACAACACAUUGAAAAGUAUUGAAUAUAUUUGUUUAACAGCUAGUUUUUUUUCAUUUCGGUACGGACUGUGAACGCAAUAAUCUAUAAUAUUCUUAUAACCUGACGUCGCAAGCUUUUUCAGUAUGUAUACAAAAAAUCAACAAAUAGCUGUGGUGGGCAUGCUGAUAGUGGACUAACACAUUCGAGACAAAAGAAACAUGGAGACAUAUUCUGCAACAACUGAUGUAUACAUAAAUGGAUCAACAGGAGAAAACGGAAUAAAUUCAGAAAGCUUAAAUGCAUGGGUCAUUAUUUUGGUCAUAUUACUGCUUGUUAUGCUGAUACUAGUGGGAUUUAUGGCUAUACUUUUUUACAAAAGACGAAAGAUUCAAAAAGACAACGAACGUUGUUUAUAUAAGGGAGAACUAGAAAACAUACUGGUAGAUAAAAAAGAACAAAUGAAGAAGAUACCUGAAGAUGAAAAGAAUCUUAUUAAAGACACUCAUUUAAACGAGUAUGACAUGGAAAAAGAGAUUGUAAUACACAAAAUACCACAAAAUGAAAAGGAACUUAUGGAAGAUGCUAUAGUAAGGGAAAUAUCUAUAGAAGAAAAGAAAAUAAUAGAAAAGAUAGAAAUUGAAGAUGACACUAAAGCAAACGAGUUUUGCGUAGAUGAGAAAAAAAUAAUGAAAACAAUAACAAAAAAUGAAAAUAAACUUAUAGAAGAAACCUCAGCAAAACAGAUUCAGGUGGAGGAAAAAAUGUUUAAAGAAGGGAUACCAGAGGAUCAAACAAUACUCAUGAAAGAGACUACAGCAGAUAAUGAAAGGGGAAUAAAAGAAGAAUUACUAUUAAAUGAAAUGCCAAUAGAAGAAAAGAAACAAGAAUAUAUAUUAAUGAAAGAGGUACAUACGGAUAAUGCAAAAGUAGUUGAAGAAAUAAAAGUAGAUGAACAGAAACUUAGAGAAUUUCUCAGCAAUGGAGAGCUGACUAUUUGUCAUGUAAGAUGCAUCAUAGUUGGAUGCAAAGGCGCAGGCAAAACAACUCUUCUUAGAAGACUGGAAAAUGUAACCUUUGAAGAACUUAUGGACAUUACAUCAACGGAAAUGGUUGACGUCCAGGCUAAUAGUUUUGAAGUGUUGGAAGACGAAGAAACAAUUCAAAGUGUCAAUAAAAAUAGCGGAUUGCCAACAGUUAUCUUUUCUGCAAAUGAGAUUGUAAAUAAAAACAAAAAGACACAACAAGAGCCGUCAAACUCCAAAACAAAUCUUAAUACAGAUGAAUGCGUCCAUUUGAAAGAUGAUUUUGACGACAGUGACCAAAGUGAAGAUGUUUAUAGUGAAGAAAGUGACAAUUACUACAAGAACUAUGAAGCAGAGCAAGACAAAUUAGAUUUUAACGAAUUUACAGAAGAAUAUGAAAAAAGUGAAGAAACGGAUGGAGAGAGUGAAAGCGAAAUGCUUGAAAGCACCAAAACAAAGCACAAAGAUAGGCUUACGAGAAAGAAACUUAAAUUUCUAGAUCAAGAUAAAGAUAGCAACAGUGAUUCAAGUGAAGAAACUAGUGCGAAAACGUUUUUGUUUGCUAAGUCUGAAAAUAGAGAAAAGAUAGUCAGAGAAGAGAAAGAAGAUGAAAAAAGUAGCAAAGCACGACAUGCCUUUCCUUGGAAGACGUCAUCUAACGAUGAAAAGAACUGUUCUCUGCAAAACUUCUCAGAAACAAAACAUUCAGGAAGUAACAAAUGCAACAAAACUAACGUUGAUCAUGAUGAUGAUGAAGAUGAUGAUGAGGGUUUUGCAAUAUCCAAAAUAAUAGAUGAUGUCAAAAAGCUGUCAAAUGAAAACAUUUUACGUCCACGGAUUACAUUUUUAGACUUUGCUGGAGAGAGUUUAUAUUACGCGUUUCACCAGAUUUAUUUAAGUUCAAAAACAUGUUAUAUCUUUGUUGUUGAUAUGACAAAAAGUCCUGAAGAAAAGGUACAUGAGCCUGAUGAGGAUGAAAGAAAUUGUAGUAGAUUCAAAUCCUGGAAAUAUCAAGAUUACUACAAGUUCUGGCUUAAUUCAAUCCACAGCUAUUGUGCCAGGAAAACGCCAGUAAUAUUAGUAGGUACCCACGCCGACAAACUAUCAAGAAAAGAGUGUCGCAAGUUUAUUCGAAAGUUUGUUGAGUUUUUUGAUGGUGAUUAUCCAUUUCUGAGAAAACAUCUAAAUUACGAUCGAACCUUUGCAAUCGGAUUUCCAGAAAAAGGGUCCAAAUUAGAAAAUCUAGAGGACAUUAAAAAAUGUAUUGCAAAGCUUGUGCGUGACCCUGAAGAAUUUGAGAAACAAAUUCGACCAGUGUGGGCAAUAUUCGAACACAUAUUGCAAAGAAAAAAACCACAACGGAUUCUAUCUCGGAUAGAGUUAUCAAAAAUAAACGGCCAUUUAAGUGAGGAGUUACAGAUGAGUGAAGAAGAAAUAACAAACAUGUUGUGUUUCUUACACAGGGUUGGAACUCUCUUAUACUUUAACGAGGAAAGUUUGUAUGAGACAAUUAUUCUCGAUAUUGAGUGGUUUGUAAAUGCUUUCAACAUAAUCAUAGAUUUUCACGUGGAUAUACGUGAUUCGGACUACAAACGCGAGCGUUUUAAGGUCACUGGACUAUUAGACGACACAAAUUUAACUUCACUUUGGAAACAUGCAAACGAAGAGUAUAUUUGUCAUAAAAAGAAGAUUGUAUCGUACAUGGAACGAUUAGGGUUGUUAGCAAAAUGUGAACCUGAAAAGAAACUUUGUUAUUAUUUCCCAAGUAUGAACACAACGAGAUUUGAAGAUGAAGACUUUGGUAAUGAAUAUAAAAAGUCCUCGAUUCUUUGUUUUCAAUAUAAUGAAAAACGUAAACUGCCUGUUUUCCUCUUCUACGGCAUUGUGUUGAAAUGCAUGCAAAUACCCAAAUGGUCAGCUCUUCAAGCCCAUCAUAAACUUUGUUUGUAUGAAAACGCCGCAUGUUUUUUAUUUCAACAUCUUAUUGUGGUAGUAUGCCUUUGCAAAUUCCAAAUCCAGGUUCAAGUCUGGGUGCUCGCCGAUGAAAUUAUUGACUUACAUCUUCUUGGUGAAAUACAACAAUCAAUUGAAAAAAUAAUAGGAGAAUAUAAAGGAUAUUCUUACACAGUCGGCUAUAAAUGUCAAAACGGGUCACUGAAUACCGAGAACGACAGUUCAUUCGUUGCAAGAAAAGAGUUUCCUGUCUCAAAACUUAUUUGCAAAAAGUGCGGAAUCAACAAAUUCCAUUAUGUUGACAACAGAGUAUGCUGGAUACACCCAGAAAAGAAAACAGACCAAGAAUUUCAACCUUCCUUUGGGGCUGAUGAGGAAGAGACGGACGAAGGGUUGGUUUCAAUGAAACAUAUCUUACAAGCCUGUUUAGAUGGAAACAUUGAAGACUUUAAUUUUCAUUUAAGAAAAGAAAUUAGUCCAAGGCCCCAUUUAUUGGUAAGAUCAGAUCCAAAAGGGUGGAAUGCCCUGCAUGUGGCUGCAAAAGGUGGUAAUAGAAAGAUAUUUGAUGCGUUAAUAUCGGAAAAGUUGAAUAUAUGUCAAAAGACACACGAUCAAAUGACUGUUCUUCACAUUGCUUCAAAAUAUGGACGUUAUGAUAUAUGCAAAUACAUUCUGAAUCAUGAAAAAUUCCAAACAAAAAUAACUGAAAAGUCGUUACAAGGUAAAAAUGCUUGCCAUUACGCUGCUGAAGCAGGUUCAGUUAAAAUAAUUCAGCUACUUAUUGAUGGAGGUGUUGAUGCCAUGGCAGUAACUAACAACGAACAAAACAUAUUUCAUAUUGCUUGCAUUUAUAAUAAACUGGAAGUAUGCGAGUAUAUUUCUAAGGAAAUUCAACUUCAAGAUCUUAUGUCAUCAAAAAGCAAAGAUGGAUGGAACGCGAUUUUGCAUGCAGCAAGGAAUGGCAAUAAAGAUAUUUUAAGAUUUCUGUAUAAGGAAAAAUUAAACUUUGAAGACUGCUCUGAAAGUAAAAGAAAUGCAUUACACAUUUCUUGCGAUAAUGGGCAUUUAACUACAUGUAAAUAUAUUGUAAAAGUGUGCCCUUCUUUGCUUAAUGCCGUUGAUCACAAAGGGCGACAUGCUGGUCAUUUUGCUGCAAGGGGUGGCAAUGUGAAAAUUAUGAAACAUCUUGUAUCGAAAAGAGCUGUUGUGACCAAAGAAACAACCACAGGCAUCAAUAUUCUUCACAUGGCAUGUUUACAUUCUCACAGGGAAAUGUGCAGAUAUAUUCUAUCCAGAUAUUCUUUUUUAAGUACAAAAAAGACUCAAAAUAACUGGACUUGUGCACAUUUUGUUGCUGGAAAAGGCACUAACAGAGGCAAUGAAGUCGAAAUUUUUGAAAUGAUUCGAGAUCCAAAAUACAAUGUGGACAUAAAAGGGCUUACCAAACAAGGAAACUCUGUGUUAACGCUUGCAAUCAAAUACAAUGACCAUGAGUUUGCCGAAUACCUUUUAAAAUGCGAUAUUGACUUUUCAACCAUUCCAGGUGCUAAUAAUGCAAGGAAAACUGGCAAUGAAGACCUAAAAAUGUUACAACUUCUUGAUAAAUAUUUGUAAAGGACACAUUAACAAAAAAGCAAUAAAAACAUUUCAGUUAUUUCCGAUAGGAACUGAAUGCUUCAAUUAUCAUUUUUGAUCGAUACGCAAAAAAUUGGAACAAAAUGAGCCGGUACAGAAAUUAUAGGAAAAUCGCCUACAAAAUAAACGUCGACGAUGACCCUACCGGACCUGCAUGCACAAGAAAAUUGCUUCUCAAAAAUAUUCAAAAGUAAAAAAGUCAUAUGAACUUUGUCCGGCGUCCUCAUUAUUAUUGAAUAAUGAAGCCAUGAAACUAUCAUUGUCAAGUAUUUCAAAUGAUUUACAGAAAAGAAACACUACGAAAUGUAAUCGGAGAAAAAGGAUUGACAUUUACUAGUAUACAUUUCUUUGCUUGAACCAAGUAGUGUUUUACGCAAACUAAUGGCCAUUUUAUAGACCCAUCUAUGUUGUUUUGAUUGCAUGUAAUUGUAAUAUUCACGUGGGAGGAAAACUCACUGUAUGAAAAGUCAUUUUUUGGGCAGACCAUAUACGUUUAAAUGAUUCUUCAAACGAGUUUUCUGGGAAAAUAUUAGACAGUCCUUGUGAGAGAAAUUCAAAUACCUUUUUUUAAUAAGCUACAAAACUGCUUAGUCUCUGGAUCACAAUGUGCAUCAUCAGUCACAUUCUAUAUCAAAAGAGCACUCUCUUAGCCAGAAGUGAGAGGAUGUAUUGGAAGUAGUGCGCAACGAGGGAAAGCAUCAGCAUGUAAUCAAUGUGAAGUUGCAA